AAUAUAUGUCACAGCUGCACCACGGGCAAUGCAGUGCAGAGCAUUUAUUAGUCACUGAGGCACACACUCUUACAGACACAGAGGCGUGCACACACACACUCUGUCAGCAGAGACCUGGCUGCAUUGGCAAUGCUGAAUCUGACUGAUAACAAUGCAGUUCUGCAGGAAGGUGCUCUGCCAGCCAUGUAGUGCCAGGGUCACUUCACCAGAGGAGGACAUGGAAUACAGGAUGGGGAGCUGCAUCGGAAUCUCACACAGCCAGACUGAAGCUGAGAGUUUGACUCAGAGGGAUGAGAGGACGCUGCUGACCGAGGCCUCGACGAGCCUGCAGAGUCUGCCUCUUCAGCCGGUGUUCUCCGACGUCCCGGUAAUCACCGGAGUGGAGGAGAGCGGAGGUGCAGCCGCAGACCAGGAGGACAAGGACGAGCUGGAGUUUCCACACGACCUGCUGCCCAGUCUAGACUUCAGCAGUGAGUUCAACAUCUGGGGGUCAUCGCUGGGAGCUCAGACGAGCUCAGGGAAAUGUGAGCAGGUGAACCCUUUGCUGCCGGACCUGCAGCAUCACGUGGAAGUGAGUGGACCGCAGGUGGUUCUAGACACAAGGCCUCAUGACAGCGACCCAGUUUCCACAGGUGCCCAGCCUCCACCUCAGCCUGCUGCCACACCUCACCAGGGUGUCCGACCCCUGACCCCUUCCUCGUCUGCGCUCAUAGACAGGGAGCUGCAAGAGGCCUUCCAGGAAUGUGAAGAGCAAAUGGCCUCGCUGGGCAUACUUACUCCCACAGAGCAGCCCGGCAUCCCACAGGAGACUGUUCAUAAUGAAGGAAAGAAAACUGGAGGCGUGAUAGUUAAUAAGUCCAGUGAGUCAUCGUCACUGUCUCCAAUCAUAGUCCAGCCAGGACAAAGCAGCGGAGGCCAUGGAAACAAGAACACACAUGGAAACAGUGAGGCAGCAAACACUCAGAAGGACAUACUUGUGUUUAGUUUCAGGAAUUAUAUAAUGGGCACUGAGGAUAGUGCCGGAGCAGCAGAGACACAAAGUGAAAUAGAAGUGACACAGAGCACAGAUGGAUGUGCAGAGAUUAUGUCGGAAAGAGAACGAGAGGUAGAUGAGCAGAGGAAAACACCCUCAUCAAAGCCAGAUUCAUUUAAAGAAACCCCAAAGGACGUUGUGUCCCCUCAGCAGAGAGACAAUCUAAUAGAGGAGAGUGUUGAUUCUAAUGCAGCCACUGAGGAAAAUGGCAGAUUAGAUUGUAACACAGUGAUUAGGGACAAAGGCCCAGAGGUAAUAACAGACACUGCAGACAUAAAGAAAGAAAAUUACAGUGAUGACUGCAGUAUUAGUGUUUGUAUAGCUGAAUCUGAGAAGAAAGAGGAGUCAGUUAAUGAAAUAUUGGGAGGCAAGAGUCUUCAUUUUAAUGAUAAUGAUUCAUUUUCUGAGUUGAAGUCAGAAGCACAGACAGGAACAGACUUUGAGGAGAAUCAGUCAAAAACAGACAAACAGAUGAAUUCAGCGAGUGACAGACAGGCCGGGCAGGACAAAGGGACAAAAAAGAAAGACAAGAAGAAACAAAGGAAGAAGAAAAAGAAGAAUGCAGAGACUGAACAGAAAGCAAAGGCAGGAGUACAAUCUGACAAUGAUUUGCAGGCUGAGUCAUUCAUUCAAGCGGAUUCAGAGGCAAAUCCACAAUCAGUAUCAGGGGCAGACACUCUGACUGUGAUUUGUGGGGAACAGCCUGAUAAUGGGUUUGAUUACAAGCAACAGCUGAGUCCUGCAGGACAGCCCAGCCCCCCGCCAUCACCCUCACAGAGCAGACAGGAUCGUCUUACUGACUGUUCACCUGCGUCCAGCAGGGGCCUUUCUCAGAGGCCUCAUCCGUCAGAUAACCUCCGCCCUACAGAUGCCCCAUGUGGCGCGAGCUCAGACAACAACCAGCAGUGGAGGUUACAUGCAACCGGAGGUGUUGUCGACAACCAAAAUACACCCGUGACACAUGUCCAAACUACAGUUAUCAAUCCCUGUGCUUCUGGUGAUAAGCGAUCGGAUGCACAAACACAGGAGGCUAUAGUUACCACAGAAGCAGUGAUACUCACACAGGAGAAACUGAGCCCACUCACCAACAGUCAAACUUGUGUGGGAGAGAGUUGCAUGGAGAGUGCCCUUGAACAGGCUAUAGUGGUGGUAGCUGCGUUGCCACUGACAACACCCACGAUGCCAGAAGUGAUAAAAAGCAACGGAGAGGGAGAGAGCGUGAGUUGUAAUUCACAGGAGAGAGUAGCUACAGCAUUUGCAGAGAGUGAGAAAGCAGGCGCAGAGGAGGGAUUGGGAGAAAGAGAAAAGUGCCUCAGCUCUGCAGACGGAGAGAGAGAAGGGUCCCUGGACAGCCCUCCUCAGCUCCCAUUAAUCUGUUCACAGGGAAAAUGCUCACUUGCAUUCUCAGCCAAUGACGGACAGUCCGUGUCUGAGAAAAGCUGCAGCGGCAAAAUGCCACACAACUCGGCUGAAACGGAAAGGAAGGGACCGCGAGAGACCACCGUUCACGGCGCAGAUGCAGAAAGCUCACCAGUUGAAGAGGGAGACAGAGAGAAGGAGACGCUCCUGUUAGAAGCGUACAUCAAUAAUUCUCCCCUUGGGAUACUUACUGGUCCUGAUCGUCAGGCUCACGGUGCUGUGGGAUUGGAGGGUGCAGGAGAGGGGGGAGGAGGAGGAAGAAAGGAGGUGGAAGAGAAAGGAGGGCUGGCUACAGAGCACAGUUCAUUCAGCCAGCCAGAAGGCUAUGCUAGUGGGGUGUCAUCAGCUGAGACUGAGAAGUGUCCGCCCACUGAUGUUGCAGAGUCACAGCUGAAGUCACAGAGCUGGAGGGAGCCGAUUGCUGCCGUCGCUGAGAGCAUCUACACCGAACCAGACUGUAACUCCUCGCCUCUCCCCACUCAUCCUGAGCAGAGCUCCAGCAAUGCAAACAAAAGGGUGAGGGCUGAUCUCGAACAGAAUUUGAUUCCAGGCGGAGCAGUGUCUUUGGGAGACAAUUGUGAGGAGCCAGCCAUCACAGAGACAGAGAGAAACGACAGCCAAUUCUUGCUCAAACCUCAGCCUCUGACUUCUUCACAACAAGCCCCAGUCCAGCGGCAAUCAAGCAACGAUCAACAGGUACAGCCUGAGAGCAGCACAACAGAGGUCCGGACCACAGAGUGUGCAGCUGAGUUCCAAGUUCAAGCCCAUAGCAAUACUGGUAACCCUGCUAUGUCUGGAGUGGCUGUGUAUGUGUGUGGAGGUAACCACAGAGUUCGCUUUGCAGACACAGUGAAAGAAGAGGGCAGUUCCUCUGUGGAUCUCAGGAACAGAUCAGUGCUGGCGAUGGACUGCGCCUCUUUGCCUCCCCUGACAGUACAUGAGAGUUUACAUCACCCCGUGGUUGAGGCCAGCUACAUCUUCCCGGAUUUCCUCAGCUUGAAGAGGCCAGAAAUCUCCACGAAUGCAGUUCCUACCAAGGAUGAAUCAGCAACACAGAGUUCAGCAGACUUUCCGAAAGAGCUCGAGUUGGAUAAAGGAGAUUUGGCUACCAAAGAAAUCAAGGAGGAUGUUGCAAUAGAUCUGUCAGGUAAUAUCAACUCAGUGACUAACACUGUGGAUUUCGAAUCAGUGACAGAGGCCUGCACAAAACAGCUUCCAUGUCAUACAGAGACAGGUCAGACUGGUAAUGACGAAUGUUUUGACCUUUUACAAACAGCAGGAAGUGCCAUCACUAACCCUGACCGUGGAACAUCUGGACAGGUGACGACAAAGAUGAUCAAAAAAGAAGAGGCAAAUUUAAAUCUGUGUUUGUCAAAGGAGAACGAGGCGAAUAAGUCCCAUGUUGACUCACAUAUUUCAGUCAAGCCUGACGAGUCUCCUUCGCUAAAUGAUGCCGCUGUCAUUCAUGAAGAAAAAGAAGGUAACCAACCUCCCCUCUCUUCACGUUCUGUGUGUCCAGCUGAAAAUAUUACCUGUGAUCCUUUAAGUGACAUCUCUGCUGAGGUACCUGUUGGGACGAUCUUCACUGACUUCGACCCUGUUUCAGAACCUGAAACUGUCACCAUAACGUGCACUGCCUCUUUUCAGACAAAACCCAGUGACCCUGGUUAUCAGUUGCCAACCCCGUUAGAUCAAACUCUUCCUUGUGGAGAAGCUACGACAGAUCCUUUGACUGAUCAGCAGAGUGAGAAUGAAUCAGGGACUUCAGAAGUGACAAUCUCUGACCAGUCAAUUCCUGCCAUCGAGCAAUGCGCCAGUAAUCCUGCUUUUGUGCUGCGGCCCCCUGGCCCAAUGUUGAGUCACUGGGAGUUCAUUAAUGACUGUGGUAUCUGUCUUCCUGAGGAUACAGCGAAGCGCAGUGCUGAUGGUGACGGCACCAAAGUCUCCGGAGAGGUGGAAGACAGCAAGAGCGGGGAAAUGACACACAUGUCUUUAGCGUGGGAUCUGGAGCACACUGAUGUCAGUGCUGAAGCAGAUGAGACAAAACUGCAGGACAGAAAUUAUGGCAUAGAGGCUGAGAUAAAACAUAAUGUGAUAAAUGAAGCAAAUAUUACAUUUUCACAAGAGGAAAAUCUGUUUCAGCCUCUUGGUUCAGUGGGGGCUCUUGCAAAAGAUGAUUCUGAUAAUUUAAUUUCUUUAUCUCAAACAGAACCUGACUCUAUUGCAAAUAAACCUGUUAUCUGUGAAGCUUCCAUUAGGAAUGACCUCAUCGAUGAUAUCGGCCCACUCGGCUCUGACCCGCCCACCAACAAGGCCUCUGAUGAUGUGAAAAAAGACAAUAUGGGAGGUCAUCCAUCUUCCGUGCUGUUUGAGGGAGACAGGACAGAAGUUGGAGAAGCAACAAUGGAUAAUCAAAAGGAAAAGGAGAGCAGUAGCGAGCUGCUAAAAGGAAAACCACAACAGAGUAAUGGACCAGAUAAAGAGGCUGCAGGGGAAACUGGAGACCUGCAGCCACCACAUAAACAUAAAGUAGAAAACACUGAGUCACCAAUAAGGGAGGAAGGAGAGGAGACUUCUUCCUUUUCCCCAGACAGACCUGCAGGGUCGUCUAAAUACAUGCUCAACAUCGAGUCUGCUAGGGAACCACAGACUGUUUCUGCUCAGAGUUUGUGCCAAACUGCGACAGCAACACUGGAAUGCUGCACCGACAGGGAGCCGGUACCAGGUUUGAGUGCAGCUCUUGGCCAAUCACCAGAUCCAACCUGUUUUGCUCAGCAACAGGAGAAACAGCAACAGCAGUGUCAGGGAUUCAGACACCCCAUAGAGGAAGUAUCAGGUGGUUGCCUAGAGGGGGGAGAAAAAAACGAAAAGGCCGAAGCACUUGUUCCAGUGAGAAAAGAGGCAGAAGAAGGAAUCGACGGCACUGUCGAGAGUUUGUGUCAGUUAGGAAGCAGGAAGGAGUUGAUAUGUGAUGACAGCAGAGGCUAUGAACAAGUGUCAGGUCCAGAGAACGGAGAAGGAGAGGGAUCACAAGCUGUAAAAGGAGUUGACAGGGUUUAUGUGCCAUCUCACACCGGCAGUGAUGUAAAUGAGAGUGGAGGGGCUGCUGAGAGACAUGCACCGACUGACAUAGUGAUAGGAACAACUUGCUCUGGUGUAGGUGAGACAGUACAGGUGGUGGAUGGGAAUAAAACCCCUGGGUUAGUGGUAGUUAGUUCAGAUGCAGAUUUAAUGCACAGCCCUGAGUCUGUGAGUGAUAUGGAUGGUAAAGGUCAGCAAAAAGGCAAUCUGUCAGCUGCAUGUCAAGACCAACAUGAGACCUCAACGAACACUGCUGUUCCUGUUGAGUCUGCAUCACAGGAACAUGAGACUUCACCUUUCAGGAUACCGGUUUCAUCAAAGGUCAGCACAGAUAGUCAUGACUUUCAUACAACUGUUCUUCCAAGUGCAAAACAGGCGCAGGAAAUUCGUACAGAAACAUUCAGUGUUCUGCCUGAUUCUAAAGAGCAACCAGAAACUGUGGAAAAUGAUCUGAGUGCUGCAGUAGCAGUGAAAAGCAACAGUAGGGAGACUGAGGAGUGUGAAGUGCUGGAUACAGUGUGCAGAUCUCUUGAGCUGCAAAGCCCCAAUAAAACCUCAGCCACACAGAGCAGCCCAAUUGUACAAACAGCCAUAAAAGGCCCUGAUGUAGAGGAGAUCACAAGGGAAGAUAAAGCAGCUUUGGACGGAGAGAAAGCUAGCAGCCAGGGGAACGGACAAAGUGAUAGAAAAGCAGUAAACACUGAAGCCAGGGAAAAACAAGGGGUUGUAAAUCAACCUCAGAGUCACUACGAAUCAGUUAAAGCUUCAGAGCUCUGUGAAAGUGGGUUGUCAGACGGAAGCACAGACACUACUGUUUGUCAUUCUGAGGGGAGCAUUGCUCUCUUUGUGUCAAAGUGUCCAGAAGAUUCUGCAUCGCUCCAUCUUGCAACCUCUACCCAAUUAGAGAAGCUGCACGAUCAGGUGUCCCUAUCAAAACCAAAAGAUGUCAAACAUGACACUGUGGUGAACCACACUGUCACUGCUUCCCAAAGCGAAGGGAAAUCACUUGAUGAAUCUUCUGCCUGCACUACUCCUAUUAAACAACCGUCUGUGGAUGUAGAGGCUGCUGAUGUAUCAGAGAGUCCUGGACUAACAGCCCACGAACCAGAUACUGACUGGAUAAAAGCUCUAAAAGAGGCUGCAGCCUGUUCUCAGAGUCACCAGAGAGUUAACUCAGUGGAGACCUCAAGAGCCCUCCCAUCUCUGGAGUCUCCUCAACUAGAGUUUCUAACUCCGACCGAGGAGGUAGCUGCUCCUCUGAAACAGGAGGAGGUUCAACCACCAGACUCGUCAGCAGAGAAGUCGACAGAGAUCCCACCUCUGAUUCGCGUGAAAAAGCCUGUGGAUUUUCCUGAACCUUUAAAGAAGUCAGUAGAUCUCCCAGAACCAACAAAGCUGACAGUCAAGUUUUCCGAACCAACACAAAGCACAACAGAAGAACCCUCAGAACCAACCAAGAGACAAGAGGAGCCUCCUGAAGAACCAGAAGCCAAAGCAGAGCCGGUAAUUUCUUCAGAAAUUGUUGAGGGGACAGCGGAGCUCCUAGAACAAGCACAAAGCACAGAAGAGCUGCCAGAAUUAACGGAGAAUGAGGAACAGGAACCAACAAAGGUGACAACAGAGCCCCGAGCACCUGAGGAGAAGCUGAUCACUGAGCUGUCAGUUGAAGAACGUGUGGAGACCCCACCAGAGGGGCCACUGAAAGAACCAGCUGAGGCUGAGACAGACGCAGUCCAGGAUCCUGCUGAGGAUCAUCAGGACAGCAGGCCCACCCUCGCUGAGCAGGCACAGAGAAGUGGCUGUCCCCCUGCCUCUCCCCUGCCUCCUACUCCCCCCUUCCUGCCUGAGCCCUCUCCUCACCUCCACGACAGCGCAGAGUUCCCCACUCCUCCUCCCACACCCCCGGAGAGACACACACCUGAAGUAACCCCACCUGCAUCCCCCAGCCUUCCUCCUCCUCUCCCUCCUCCUGCAGCCCCUGCAUCCCCUCCUGCACCUCCUGCUCACUUUGAGGACCCCUGCCCUGCUCCUGCACCCCGCCACCAACAAUUAAGGAGCUCAGAUUCUGAUGGAGCGUUUGAGACCCCUGAAUCUACGACUCCAGUCAAGGCUGUUUCUCCUGUUGACCCCCAGACCCUGCUACUGACAUCUGAUGACAAAGUAGCAGAGACCUCAGUCAGUGAGCCUGCCUCUGACUUGACUUCAAUUGAUGCACGAUGCCAUUCUCCAUCUAUUGUUUUUGAUGAAAACAAGCCUAUCGCAGCCAGUGGCACAUACAACAUUGAGUAUAUUGCUACUGAUUCAGCUAGUCACACACUCACUCGAUCCCUCAGCCUCCAGGGAGGAGAGCUAGACAGCUGCGGCCUGUUGGACGGAUCCACAACUGGAGGAUUCCGACCACAUUCAGAGUCCUUCAGCGUAUGCACUGAGAGUGCCCCAGGUACACUCCACAGGCCCAAGAAGGUCCGUCCUGGUUCUUUGAAGAAAAAGCCUCUUCUUAGACAGAACUCCAACCCAGAAAGUCCAAGGCCUGCCUCAUCCAGCAGCACCCCAGAGGUCAAGAAACGGGCAAAGCCUCGAACUGCCAGCCCUCUCCAGGCUCAGGAGGAAGCAGAAGCAGUAUCUGCAACACAGAGCCCUGGAGGAACCCUCCGCAGAACCAGGAAGAGCUGCGUUGAAACUCCACCCCCUCUCCCAGAAGAGACCAAUCACAUCAGCCAAGAAGAGACCGUUGUCAUCCCUGCCUUACCCUUGUGCCACGAGGAGACACCUCUCCCUGGUAGUGUAACAGACAGAGAAGAAUCCCCCAUCCCCCCUAGUACCUCCUAUAAAUGGGAUCCAGAUAACUUUGAGAACAUCGACCCUUUCAAGACAGGAGGUAGUAAAAUUGCCAACUCACCAGAACUAGGACGUAAAGGUCCAGUGUGCGCCUCUAUUGCUACGCUUGUAGAGAGUACCCCAGUCCCUGCUGCAGACCUACAUCAAUACAGCCCUCCAGCUCCUCUUCAGGAGCCAAUCACCAACCCUGAAGAGCAACCGAUCAUCCCCAAGCGUCAGGCGGUAAGGCUGGAGUUUGACUACUCUGAGGAGAGCAGUGAGGUGUCACACCAGGCCUCACCCCCACCUAAGAAAGUGGGCAAGAAACCCGGUGCCAAGAUGCCUCUGAGGAAACCAAAGCUGGGGACGAAGAAGGCUCCUCCAGCACAGACGGAGCAGCUGGACAACAACUCUCCGGCAACACACAAUGGCAACGACGAUGAAAUCUCUGCUCCUAAAGAGUCAUACAGUUUGGAAACGGACAAGUGGGACAAUCCAAAUUUCAAUCCAUUCACCUCCAAGACAGGAAUCAGCAACACCCCUAAAUUGUGUAGGCAGUCUUACAGCUUUGACCCCAGUAACUUAGACGACUCAAUAGACCCCUUCAAAUCCUCCAAUAAGAUGGCCAACUCCCCUCCGAAGGCCUCUGCCUCUUUUGAGCUGUCAUCCAAUGACUAUGACAAUGACAAUGACAAUGACAACAUUGGGGAACUGGAGGACCAAAACCAGAACAAACCUGCCAAGAAGAAGAAAACUCCACUCAAAUCGAAGUCCAGGGGUGUGUCCUCUCUAUGUUGUCUGUUUAAUACUUUCAGAGUGAAGAGGUCGCCAAAGAAAUCACCACUGUCUGACACAUCAGAGGAUCUUACGUCCACAGAUGAGCCCUCCUCCCUCCACCCACAGGACGACCACGCCACUGAUGAGGAGAAACUGGCCUCCUCCACCAAUCACAAGUGGGCCACCCUGCAUGACAUGGAUGCAGAACUGAACUCUGACAAAGACUUUCCUCAGCCGUGUGACCUCACAUCCUUUGUUAAUGAGAACAGGCUUCCUCAUCAGAGUCUAGUGCAAGACUAUGAAAUUGAGUACAUGGAGAAGAUUGGCUCCUCUUCACCUCCACCCUCAGUGAAGAAGCCAUCUUUGUACCUGAAUCUGGAUUCAGUAUCUGACAACUUAACCAAGAACAUGGGUGCACAUGGAUCUGAGCCCAGCUCCCCCUGCACAGGGAGCUUUGAGGAGAUGGAGGCCCAGAUAUCAGCAGGUAUAAAGACACCGGUACUGAGCUCCCGGCCCGGACCCGAGGGCUCUGCCGUAGAUAAGGGCAGGAAGAGAGAGAGCGAGUCUCUCAGCCGAACUCAGAGCACAGAGAGGGAUGAGCAGUCCCCUAGCCAGGGCCCCAUGGAGGCCCCUGCUCCUGUCCCGGCCAUGCCCCUGUUAGACAGGCUGUCUGAGUGUGACGACCCCCUGCAGUACCUGGAGCCUGACCUGGCCGAGACCAACCCCACAGCAUUCGCCCAAAAGCUACAGGAGGAGCUGGUACUUGCUGCCCUGAGGAUAGAGGCUCUGCAGGUAGCCAAAAACAUCUCUCAGAGCCCCUCCCUCUCCACUGUAACCCCCCAGCACAGAGACACGUCGUCUCCAGUGGAGAGUGCUGUGUCGAAGAACUCGCUGUACUCUAGGACUGCCACUACCAACUACAUCGAAGGGGAGAGUCCCCACCUGCCCCGGGAUCUGGACCACUCGUUGGGAAUUGCACGAGAAGAGAUUGUGACGAAGGAGAAAGAAGUGCUGGAGUGGCAGAGAAAGUAUGAAGACAGCCGACAGGAAGUGGUGGAGAUGAGGAGAAUUGUUGCAGAGUAUGAGAAGACAAUUGCACAGAUGAUUGGCAUGCCAGAGGAUGACCAGAAAGAGAAGUCUCUCUCCCACCACACCAUCCAGCAACUGAUCGUGGAGAAGGACCAGGCCCUGGCUGACCUCAACUCCGUGGAAAAGUCCCUGGCUGACCUCUUCCGUCGUUACGAAAAGAUGAAAGAUGUGCUGGAGGGCUUCCGCAAGAAUGAAGAGGUUCUGAAGAAGUGCGCUCAGGAGUAUCUGUCCAGAGUCCGUAAGGAGGAACAGCGCUAUCAGGCCCUGAAGAUUCAUGCAGAGGAGAAACUAGACAAGGCCAAUUCAGACAUAGCUCAUGUGCGAGCCAAGUCCAAGCAGGAGCAGGCCGCCCACCAGGCCAGUCUGAGGAAGGAGCAGAUGAAAGUGGACUCUCUGGAGCGCACUUUAGAGCAAAAGAACAAAGAGAUCGAGGAGCUGACAAAGAUUUGUGACGAGCUCAUCGCUAAGAUGGGGAAGAGUUAGCAGCUGCGUCACACCCGGUCCAAGUCUCAAAGAGAAGACAAGAUGCUGUGUAAAAACUACUUAGAAAGGAAGCAGAUCAGUUUUAUUUAUCACUCCACCAAGGACUAAUGGAGAGAUUAGCCCUGAGUGGUUUUGCCGAUUUUAUUACCUACUGACUUUGUCUACACAGGAUCCACAGGAAUGGCUUCCUCUAAAUCACUCUGUACAUUGUUUUGAUGUGUCAGCGUAUCGUACUGUAACAGAGGUCUGGUUUAAAGAUUUAGAAAAUGUACCAUAUCACUAAUGAGUGUGUGUGUGUGUGUGUGUGUGUGUGUGUGUGUCGAUGAGAGAGUGAGAGCAUUGUUUGUGGGUGAAAUUAUCUUUAAUUUUGUUGCCAUGACAGCCAUUGAGGGAGAAGACUGUUUACCCGCUCCUGUUGUCGUCUCAAAGAUAGACUUUGAAAAAGAGUAUCAGAGAGUUAGAUUCAUUCAUAACAUGUUGAUAAACCCUGAAGAGAACUCAAACUAUCACAGUAGCUUCCUGCAUGUGAGAGAGAAAUGUUAAUGUUUGUAUAUACCAUAGGAAAUUCCAAGUAUCUCCAUUUUUGAUAGUUAUCCUCAGUGCGCUUUUCCUCAUGUAACCUUGUAGAUAUUUGUCAUACUUGUCAUAGCUUUCUCGACGAAAUCGUUGGGACUUUAUUUUUUGAUUUUAUUUUGAUAUGAGGCAAACUAAUCAUGACUGUAUUCAGUUGUGACAAGGAGUAAUUUAAUUUUGGAUGGAUAUGUCCUCAUCCUGCUAUGGUCGUUGUGUCACACUGAGGAAUAACUUCUCUGCACAGCUACUGUACAGCGUCUGCUUACAAAGUGCAAUAAAAGAUGGCAAUACAGCA